AUGACGCACGGCCGCAGCGAGAGCCAACAGGCAGAGGCAAACAAGAUCCGGAUAGACGAUCCGGAAAAGGCCGAGAAAAAACAAGCAGCAAUCGCACAGCGCCAGCUACCGCGAGGCCAACCGAAGUCAGAGGAUGAAUCUGGUGACAGCGAUAGCUCCGAGCUUGAUAGCAGCAGCGCAGACAAGGCGAGCAACUCCGAAGAGACGCCGCCUGCCAGAGCCAGCAAGAAGACGAAGAAGAAGCAGAAGGCGCCACCGACGAAGAGAAGUAAGAAGGGGAAGGCGAAGCAAGAGUCAACUUCCGAGGAAGAGACUCCGCAAUUCAAGAAGAGCAAAAAGGGGAAAACGAAGCAAGAGUCUACGUCCGACGAGGAUACUCCACCUACGAAGAAGAGCAAGGAGGACAAAGAGAGUAGGAAGAAGAAAAAAGAACCAUCUAGUGAUGAGGACGAUCAAGAUAGUAGCGAAGAGGUGAAGGAAGUGAAAAAAUCUGCCAAGGAGCCGAAAGGAAAAGAGAAGGAGAAAGAGAAAGAAAAGGCGAAGAGCACUUCAAAGUCUUUAAAUUAG